CCAGCACAGAUCCCUUCCCCGUUGCAUCAUGGUACGUACGAGUUACGAGCGCCGCCCCGUUCAUUGCCGUCUCGCUUAUCUGCUAAACCGUCAUUUCUUCUCCGUAUUGUCCCAGUCCUUGUCCACUACGUUCAAGCCCUCUCCCCUGGGUUACGGUUCGCCUCCCAGCGUUCGAAACUCGCCAUUCCGUCGGGUCGACUCACCGUCUUCGCCCUCACCACUCCGACAAAUCACGCCAACGAGCUCGCCUACGAAAACCAGCGCCACCACGCCCAGCAGAAGCUCGAGGCUUGCGAGGCCAACGACGCCGACCGCCACCGACGAGGAGCACGAAACCGCAGAGCGAGACAAGACACCGGAAAUGACGACUCCCACAAGGGGAUCGCCGCCAGCGUGGAGGGCUACGUCCAAGUUGGCAGCGGGCGGCUCUCUGGGCGGUAGCAGCGCCCUCUCACAGCUUCAGCCUUCCCAGGUCAGGACGUUGAGGGAUGGUUUCCAGAUUCUGGACCGAGAUUGUGACGGAGUCGUCAAUAGGGAGGAUGUCGCCGACAUGCUCGGCCAGCUGGGCCUUCCUUCAGGCUCCUCCGACAUAGGACGCUUCUUUCCCCCUUCGAAACCACAGACCAUGACAUUAGCCGCCUUCCUCAACUCGCUGGCAGAGUCCCUAGCGGUGCUGUCACCCAGCACCGAGCUCCUAUCUGCGUUCUCGGCGUUUGACGAGGACGACAGCGGUCAGAUUGACUGGGCGGAGCUGAGGGAUGCUCUGCUCAACACACCGCCAGAAGCCGGGCAGUCGGCCCUCAGCGCGGCAGAGGUCGACAAGGUGGUCGAGGGGUUCACGGGCCGGCGAGCCUUCAACCGCAACAUGAAUGCGCACUUAUCGGCAAGAAGGGGCGAGGUGUUUAAAUAUCAGGAGUUUGUCCACUCAAUCAUGGGGUCCAACGGCGGGGCCGAGGGAGGGUCUCACGAGAGAGCCGACGAGUAGUGACGGAGUGGAUUGGCCUGCUGUCAUUCUGCAUUCUGCAUCCUGCUCACAUGGUGGUGAUUCGUGCUGGGGGCUUCGGUUUCUUUUGCGGGUUGACAGGAGUGACACGAUGCAAUUACUGGGUGUGUUCCACUGGACAGGCGGCACAGGUACCGGGGCCGGGCCUGGCCUGGCUUGGUUCCGAUAUGGCCCUGUUAAGGAGGACGAAUGAGUCCCUCGGUCCGGGCUGCGGAUUUGUCUUUUCAGCUUGUCUGCUUCUGUUCUUUUUUAUCUUUGUUCGUCCCUUUCUGCUCUCAGCUGUCUCUGCUUCUUUUGGGUAACCCGCACACGUGUACGAGAUACUAUAUGGGAUGAAUUACGAUCCAUGUCUGCAUAAUUAAU